AAUCCUUAGAUCCAGGAGUUUACAAUAAUACUACUUUCGAAUUGUAUAAAUACCACUUUAAUAUGUAUAUUAUCAAUAUCCCUUCAAAGUAUUCUUCAAAAAUAAAUUCGUAGAAGAGAUUCACAGAUCCAAAAAGAAGAUGUCAUCGAGCCAAGAAUUAAGCCACAACGCCGGAGAAGCCACCGGUCAAGUUCAGUUGAAGAAGGAAGAAUACCUGAACAAAGUAUCACAAGCAAUGAACCAGAAUGCCGAUCAUCUCACUCACUCACUGACACACUCAGAGUCUGAUCAGAACAAUCCUACCCUACUUUCCCAGGCAUCUAAUGUCAUCCAACAGACCGGUGGACAAGUGAAGAACAUGGCACAGGAAGCCGCCGAUGCGGUGAAGAACACUCUUGGAAUGAGUCCGACCACCAACAACCCUAGCAGCCCGGCCGGCACGACCCGCCUGAGCAACCCCAGCUCCAGAAACAUUUGAAAGGAAUUAUUAUUAAUAAAUAUUGGCCUAAUAUUUUCUAACAUAAACAAAAAAUGUUGUAUUUGUUUGUUCAAGUUUCUGAGUUUUUGGAUAUAUUUGUUUAAUACGGUACGUUGAGAC